CUUAAUGGUGGAGAAGGUACUAGUGUUCUCACAACUUCGGUCCCAGCAACAUGAAAUUCUUCGCCGUCCUCUCGCUCGCCCUCCUGGCUGUGGCCUCGGCCGAUGUCAGCCACCUGACCAGCAACACCUACCUGCCUCCCCACGCGGCCGCCGCCUCCAGCAGCUACGAGUCCUACCAGGCUGCCCCGGCUGCCGAGACCUACGAAGCUCCCGCCGCCGCCUCCACCUACGAAAGCGAGUCCUAUGCCGCCCCAGCCGCCUCCUUUACCAGCGAGUCCUAUGCCGCCCCGGCUGAGACUGCCUCCUACGCCAACGAGGGAGCCGCCGAGGAGACCUACGAGCAGCCCGCUGCCACCUACGUCGCCCCAGUGGUGACCAAGUCGUAUGCCGCCCCCGCCGCCGCCUCCUACUCCUCCUACUCCGCCCCCGCUGUGGUGAAGACCUACUCCGCCCCAGCUGUGUCCUCUUACUCCGCCCCCGCUGUGGUCAAGACCUACACCGCUCCCGUGGUGACCAAGGCCUACACCGCCCCCGCUGUUGUGAAGACCUAUUCCGCCCCAGCUGUGUCCAGCUACACUCAGGCUUACACCGCACCCGCCGUGGUCAAGAGCUACUCGGCCCCAGCUGUCUCCAGCUACACUGCUCCUGCCGUGACCACCUAUGCCGCCAAGACCUACACCGCCCCCGCUGUGUCUAGCUACACCGCCCCCGCUGUUGUGAAGACCUACUCCGCCCCAGCUGUGUCCACCUACACUGCUCCUGUGGUGACCAAGGCUUACACCGCUCCUGUGGUGACCAAGACCUACACCGCCCCCGUGGUGGCUAAGACCUACACUGCUCCCGCUGUGGCCAAGACCUACACUGCUCCCGCUGUGGUGAAGACCUACACCGCCCCGGCUGUGUCCACCUACACCGCCCCCGCUGUGUCCUCUUACUCCGCCCCCGCUGUUGUGAAGACCUAUUCCGCCCCGGCUGUGUCCAGCUACUCCGCCCCUGCUGUGGUCAGCAGCUACUCCGGAUCCUCGGGCACCGUCUACGGCUCCAACGGUGGAUACGUCUACUAAAGACUGCGUCCCGAAACGAAAGUGAUCAUGCGACGAAACCUUUUUUUUUCUUACAAUAAAUCGAAUGUAAUGUGCUAAAACA